AUGAAAGAACCACAGCUCCCUCCACCAGGCGCAGACAUCCCCAUCCGCCCCUUCAUGGAAACAAAAAGACCAACUCGUUACCUGGUCAUAGGAGCUGGCUCCAGAGGAAAUGCCUACGCCCGUGCCGUAACCAGAACCACGCCAGGUACAAUCCACGCCGUCGCAGAGCCAUAUCCCUUCAAGCGACGCGAGUUCGGUCAGAACUAUAUCUGGGGACUUAAAGGAGCUCCAAAACCCGGCCAAGAAUUCACAGAUUGGCGCGACUGGCUAGUUUGGGAAACUGAACGACGCAAAAAGGUCUCGACAAGCUCCAAUUCCAUAGACGAUGCCGUUGGUGUAGACGGAGUCUUCAUCUGCACAUUGGACGAAACCCACGUCGAGAUUAUCCAAGCUAUCGCCCCUCUAAAUCUACAUAUCCUUUGUGAGAAGCCCCUCGCUCUAUCUUUGCAAGACUGUUUAACUGUCUACCGAACUCUUCAACCCCCAACACAUCCCAAUGCAGGUGCGUCGGCACCUACAGCUAUCUUCUCAAUUGGACACGUCCUUCGCUACAGUCCACAUAACAAACUCCUUCGAAAACUUCUUCUGGAAGACCGUGUUAUCGGUGACAUAGUCUCUCUUGAACAUACCGAGCCUGUGGGCUGGUGGCAUUUUUCACACAGUUAUGUCCGUGGAAAUUGGCGUCGCGCUACACCAUCCGGAGAUGGAUCCCUUCUCACAAAAUCAUGCCAUGACAUCGAUUUUAUUCUUUGGUUACUUUGUUCACCAACUUCAUUAGAAGAUGCGGGGGCUAAGGGACAGGGAUCACAUUUCCCACGAAGUAUUUCGUCCUUUGGAUCCUUAACUCAGUUUCGGAAGGCGAGGAAACCUGUGAAUGCAGGUACUGCAACGAAUUGUGUGGAAUGUCCUGCUGCUUCUGAGUGUUCCUAUAAUGCUAUGCAGAUAUACGGGCGUCAUUUAGAACAUGGUGAUAGAGGGUGGCCGGUUAAUAUUGUUGUUCCGGAUAUUGAGGAUGUGUAUGUGACAAAAGGGCAAGAUGGUGCGACGGCGGCAUUGUUGGCUAAGUUAGCUGAGGAUUAUGAUGUUACUGUGCAAUCGGAUGCGGACAUUGCGGCGAGACCUUGGUACGGCAGGUGUGUUUAUGAGGCGGAUAAUAACGUGGCGGAUGACCAAGUUGUUACGUUUAAGUGGGAUGAUGAGAUCGCUGCACCACAUCGACUUGCGAAGACUGCUUCGUUUCAUAUGAUUGCUCCCACGGAGAAACAAUGUGUACGCAGAGGAAGAGUUUAUGGGACUACUGGGGAGAUCGAGUAUGAUAGUACGACUAUCUCGAUCUAUGAUUUCGCGACUGGAAAGACGGUUGUGCAUGAUGUGCCGAAACCACCGCCUGAGAGGGCGGAGUCACAUGGUGGUGGUGAUUUUGGACUUGCUGGGCAGUAUGUCAGUGCUGUCGAGGCUGUGGUUAACGGGGGAUUGGAUAUCCAGACUGCACAGGCGAGAUUUAUUGGGUGUACAUUGGAGGAGGCGGUGCAAAGUCAUGCGGUAGUAUUUGCUGCUGAGGAGGCAAGAAGAGAAGAACGGGUUGUUCAUUGGGAAGACUGGUGGGAGAAGAAGUUGAAACAUCAGUCUGUCAAAGUCUGA